AUGAAUCCGCACCGGGAUCAGAUGAGAAGAACAGAAAAUUCAUUGGAAAUGUGGGUAUUGGAAGCGAAGGGUAUCCCGGUAAAGAGGAGAUACUACUGCGAAAUAUGCCUCAAUAAAACAUUAGCGGGUCGUACGUCUGCAAAGCCUCGUGCAGAUAUAUGUUUCUGGGGCGAACAUUUUAAUUUUGGUCCAACACCAAAUUUGGAUGAUGUAUGCAUAAAUUUAUAUCGAGAAGCUGAUCCAAAAAAGAAGAAGGAUCGUUCAACGUUAAUUGGCUAUGUACAAAUAAAAGUUGACCAAAUUACUGCACGGCAUCCUGUUGAAAGAUGAUAG